AUGGCAAAUAAUCCUAUUGCUAUGGACGCAAGUCUGUCCAGCUUGAAUUCUAUCGACAACGACACUUCUGUUACUUCUAGCGCCCAUAUCGACUCGCAAGCCUCAAAGUGGACAUCAGCCUCCACUUCACUUACCGCGUCGCCGGCAGAGUCUAGAGAUACAUCACCUAUACGUCCCUCAGCUAAGACAGGAAGAGUAAGCCGUACAUCCACAACCCCGGCUAGGUCACGCAAGAAUAGUAUCCAAGACCCUAGUCCGUCGAGACCUAGAACUACCGUUCCUGCACCUUCGACUCCGCGACAACAGCUUUCUUCCGCUACAACGCCCUCGUUACCUCCUCCGUCAAAUUCGGAGCCCGUGCUGCGAACUCCCGUCCCGCAGAAGGUUUCCGUUGUGCCCGAGUUAUCCAAAGAUUCACCCCGGUGGCCCGUGUCACCUCGGUUAAAGUCACCGCCGCCUAACAUCGGCCGGCCAGCCGUACCCGGUUCGUCGUUACGAAAGGCCGAGCAAGAAGCACCCGCUAUAAAUGUUCAACGAGCAACGCCUUCGCCUCACGUGGAAUCCGCUUCGCAGUCUACCUCUGAAAACGAGACGGAAGAGUCGCAACUGUCGUCUGGUAUGAGGACCCCAGCUCGUGGACCAAGUAAUGGAUCGUCUACUUUGGAGACGGUCCAGGAGGUCAGCCAACCCAAUACCCCACGAGCAGGACUCGACGCUGCUAUUGAAAAGCUUGCCGAGACCGCCGCUGCGCAGUCACCGGCGCACUCCAAAAGUUCGGGGAGUACGAUCAAGAGAACAACUUCCAGUCAGAAUGCGACGAAUAGCGAGAGCGGCAGCGAUGGUGGGAAUGCUAAGAGUUCGAGAAGGACAAGUACUGUUGGUCCUGCGCCCUCACUCCACAGCAGACAGUCGAGCACGACCCUCAAGUAUGGUGCCAAAGGGCCAACCUCUGGCGAGAGCUCGUCGAGAAAUAUGACGGUCGAGACGGAACAAAUCAACAACCUUCCGGGGCUUUCAAUAGCCACGAACACGAGGGGCCAAGGAGCAAAUGGAAGUCUAAGAACAAAACCCAGUUCGGAAACCAUAAAACCGAAGAAGGAAAAGAAGAAGCACACGAGAAAGCCCGCAUCUGUUGCAUCUGGCAAUGCAUCCUCGAAAGCAGAUAUUUUCGAGGCUAAAGUUGCCAGUGCUGUGGAGGAAGCUAAUUCUUCAGACUCGGACGAAACUUUCGUAUACGAUUCGAACCCGCCGGAUGUAGGCGAGCGCCCUCGCCGUUACCACUCGCGUACACCCAGCGCAACCUCCAUUGCUAGCCAGGUCAAUCGGAACGGAGUACGCUCGAUAACAGGCAUGACAGAGACCGGCGCACCUACUAUGCCGGUCAAAAAGAAUAUGAAGUUUGUUAAUACUUACACAAGCAGCGGAACGGACGGACCUCUCGGAGACGACGAUGGUCGGGGCACGGGCCGGAGUAAUAUUGGCUCUGCACGAGGGACAGGCCGUCAUCAUCACCAUCCUGGCCGUUGGGGUCGGAAUAAUAGCAACAACCAUCUUUCGUUAUUCGAUAAUGAAUCUCCCUUUCCUAACGCAGCUAAGUCGAAGUUCAGCGGGAACAAUUCAAGACAGGGUUCUAAUCCCCCGAGCCCUAGAUUCGGUACAGGUCGAGGUUGGGCAGCUACUAGUAAACGGCAAAUGGCGCUCACAGGCGGCUACGAUGUCGACGACACAACCACAGGUGCCGAUGAUGAAAGGACCCCUCUUCUCCUAAGUGGCACGGCCAGAUCUAUCAGAUCUAAUCGGAGUCGGCGCAACCCACACUGGAGAAAUAUCGAAGCACAAACAUACCAGCGAAAUCCUUCAUUUAUCAACCGUUUUGCGAGUUGUCUUGUCCUUACCAUAAUGUUAUUGGUUGUUCUCUCCGGGGCACUUGGAUUCAUGUUUGCGACAUCUCAGCCACUCACUGACAUCGAACUUGUCAAGAUUGGGAACGUCCUGGCUAGCGAACAAGAGCUGAUGAUGGACAUUACCGUUAAAGCACACAAUCCGAACGUCGUCGUUGUAAUGAUCGAUACGUCUGACCUUGAAAUAUUCGCAAAGUCACCGCAUGCUGGUACCGACUCGGAAUGGUGGCGUCAUCCUGGCCGAGACGAGCUUGGUACUCUAGACGACCCUAAGGAUGACCCACCAGUCAUUAGAUUACCUGAUGAUGACGAAGAUGACGACGACGAUGACGGCGAACUGCCUCCUGAAGAUGCUUCACCAAACAUGCGUCUCGGGAAUAUCGUUGUGUUCGAUAGUCCGUUAACUUACGAAGGGUCAUUUUUUCAAUCUGGCAUUUCUACUUCUACGGGUUCCUUGCGCCUCACUCGACCUGGUAAUGGUACCGAUAGUGGCUCCGAGCGAUGGGAACGCAUCAUUGCAGACGAGUUCACUCUAAUUGUCAAAGGAGUUCUGAAGUACACAUUGCCUCUUAGUCAGAGAACUAGAAAUGUGGCGAUCUCCGGUAAGACAGUUGUCAAACCGAAUUCUGCAAAUAACCCAUCUUUACGACCUAAUGAGACUGUGGUUGCAAUACAAUAA